AUCACGUGACCCGCUCUUCGCAGGACCAACAAGAGCACGAAGGGCCUUAUCAGCAGUGAGCAUAGCUCAUUUAAUUGUAGUCAUUUGUAUUAUCUCUGUGUCAAGCAACUAAUUAAUGACAAAAUAUACCACCUUCACGUCAAAUAAUAAUUACUUAAGUCGUUUAACCCCCUCGUUAGAGAAACUGAAUUGUAUUUAUUAAGCUAGGCUAAGUGGAGGCUUCGUAAUUAGCCAUCCAUCGUAUAUUGGUACAGUAUUGGUUUCUGCAUCAUAUCUUUAAUAUUGAUAUUAGACUAAACGGAUUGUCAGAACACAUUAGUAUGAUAAUCUGAAGUGUACCGUUAGUAUUUUUUUAAUAUUACUUUAUCGUCUGCCAUCUAACUAUAACGUCGAAUCAAUUAAGUGAGAUGAAAUGAAAGCAUAUUUUAAACGAGAUAACGCCAACAUACAAGCUGUGGAGAUUUCUCAAACCGGAGUCAUCGCUUUAAAGCUGGGUGUACCAGACUGGAUCCUCUUGUAAGAUUGUCUCAACACACGCAAAGCCCAUUACAUAGAUUACUAAGUCUAGCCGUUAUGGCCGAUGAGACAACAGAGAAGCUGCCGUUCCAGCAAUCCAUAGUCAUUUCCGAAGAGCUGGGCCACCCACCUCUUGAUGUAAUAAGCGCGGUGGCACCCCCUGGCGGUGCACAGCGAUACUGCACUGAGCAAACCGAGCAGUCCUCCGUCCCCGUUCACCCUGAGAGCUCAGUGAUGGAUGAGAAGCUUCGAUGGAUUGAGCAGCAAGUUCAGUACCUUCUAAAUAAGGCCGAUAAAUUACAGGCACACCUGAUAAACGGAUGUGACCGAUUGCAGAAGGAGAGUCUCACCCAGGCUGUUCGCAUAUUCUUACGCACAUGCCAGCCCUGGUUUGCCUACCUGGAGGCCACAGCCCGCAGUUGCCUUCCCCAACGUCCACCCCUUCCGCCCUACAUUCGCACCCAGCUGUUGCAGUUCUCUCAGCAGCUGUGCACUCAACUUGAGCAGCUUGUCUUGAUGUAUGCCUCUUUGAAUUUGCUGUCUGUGGAGGAGACUGAGCCAUCCAGCGUAUCCCAUUUCUACAUCGGCCAGUGUCAACUGAACACAGUCAGUGUGUCCAUAUUCCGUUACUGCCGCCCUGCUCUUUUCCGGGUUAGGCCCGGGGCGGGGGGCAACCUCUACAAACGCAUGCGCUGGAAUGUGGAGAGGCCAAGAGAAUGGCCUGAAGAGACAGAGGGCCAGCAGGGAAAAAAUACUGGGAUAGGGAAAGGAGACAGUGAGGACACUGAAUUUUAUUUUCUGUGCUAUGAGGACGUAGCUCAGACGCAGCCGGAGAUGCACAGCAAGAGGGGGAAGAGGCAAGAGAAGGGGCCAGAGGCUGGCCAUUCUGUCAGAAGGUGGUCUAUUGGGCAGUGGGUGCAAACGGACCCCGAUCCCGUGAAUGCAGACCUUUUUGACUGGCUACUCUGUCCAACACCUCAGGGACAAUACAAACUGCUACUCCACCUGGGCACAGAGGAGCCUUCAGCCUGCACUGCCACAGACUACCUCUUGGGGGUGCUAAUUUCCAUGGAGGGUCCAGGAGAGUGUUCUGCAGCUUCAGGCCACCCAGCUCACACCUAAGCCACAUCUCAAAGAUACGUUUCACCUGGACAGGAUUGUGAUUCUUGGUAAUUUGUGAGGCGUUUGGUUGCAGUCCUUUUUUUCCAGGUAAUGUUUGUGAAGGGCUCGUUCAGUUACAAAAUGCACUAUACACAAUCUCGUUCCUGUUACUCGACUACUGAUUUGCUGGUAAGUUAGAGGUUGCAGAAAUACAAACUGUUUGUAGUUCAUUGCUAUUUUUUGUUUGUUUUUUUUCCAAAAAAUGAAAAUGUUAAGUGUCUUUGAGGAGGAUAAAACUUAUGUUAACAUUCUUAAUAAAACGUAUAAGUGUUAACAAAUGA